GGGUGAAGAGAGGACCAUCCCCAAAGCUUGGCAACUAGCAGGCUGCUCAGGCGCCGACAAUGCCCCCAGACUCCUGGGGCCGGAGAUCAGAGAAUCCGAAAUUGCAAGUCAUGUCCGCUGCAUGACUGCAGAUGCUUCGAGGAGGUUUGCCCAGUCUUUUGAACGGCACGGGAGAGCCCAGAUUGGAGCUUUUUUAUUCCUCCCGUACGAGCACUUAGAUCUUUCCCCUCACGGUCCUAAAACUCCUCGGCCAGAGGCCAAGCGCUCUGAGGGAUCUCGCGUUCCGGACCUCGCUUUUGAGGCUCAUCUCAACGAGUCCCAGUGGUAAACGCUCCUUGUGGGCUUGAACGAACCUUGGUGGUACGGAGUAUGGAGUAGUUGGUGGAGAUAUGCGCGCUAUCGCUACAUCAAUGUCGGCUACAACGCCGAACAUGAUGCAUCUCCAAUGUGACACGGAAGAUCUUCACUCCCAAGGGCUUUAUUUGUCAUAUUUAUUGCUCAUUCAUUGUUCUUCGGCGGACGCCUUCGUAAAAUCUUAAUUCUUGACCCUGGUUCUUGGUCUUUCGAUCCCUUUUCCCAUUGGCAUUCACAAUAUGAAUGACAUCUUCUCGUCCCGACAAAACACGAAGCGCAGCAUCCCGGGGAUGUCAGUCCCGUGUCGAGAGCAUGAGGUGAAGAGGAUCGCUCUGUGGCACGAAUGCUGGUGGUGGUCGAUGAAAGUUGUUGGCAAUCUUGUGGUGAAACACGCUAGGAUGCCGAGCUAAAACAAUGAGCACAGCUCAUUAGUGAGUGAAUCGUUGGGGGAAGAAGAGCUUCUCGAUCAGCAAGGCGAAAAUUCGGUCAUCCGAAACUUCUUUGAGCCUUGCGUUUAUUCUUGCUGGGGCUGCUAAAUUCCCACCGUCAGCUAGCAGGAUGAAACAGGAUCUCAGAUCUCCACGGGAUCCUCCCGCAAGCUUCUUGAUCUAGAACCCUUCAGGUUUGCUUGGCCUGGAGAAAUCACACUGUCAUUGGACACCCUAUGUCUAUUUUUGCGCUCACGGAAGUCUCCAAUAAACUGCAGCAGGAAUGGAGAGCUGCAAACUUGACAACUACCUAAUAAACAACACAUUCGGAUCUUCACGUGCCUUGCUACUUGUUACUGGGCUCAAUGAACAGGCCACAAUUCUUCCUGGCCUGCUCUGAAACCCUCACACCUUCAAUCACAUCACUCAGCAAGCUACAUCCUUGUUGAGCCAAGUUUGCAUUAUUAACGGGCUCAGCUACCCCAGACCCAAGUUGAUUGUUCCUCUUCUUCCGACACCCAGAGAGUACCUCUAAUCUUUUCAGCUCGUGGGCCUGCACCAGUUCUCUUCCUGUAAAGAAACAAGCUUCUCUAAGCUUCGCUGUGGGGUUUAAAUAAGCUUGGUCGCGCAGCUUGUCGGCGUGCCAUGAUGAAGGGCAUUCUAAAUUUCCAGCGGCGAGGACGUCGUUCUAAUUUUAAGCCACCUCGCAGCCUCGAAGAAGCGGCAAAUAAUCCGAAUAGAAGCUUCAACAUCAUAGACCCAUACGCUCACACUACGCCCGACUCUCCUAACAGUGAAAGACCCUACAUCGAUCCUCUUACUUCACUGUGCCUUCGAAAUUCAUGCUCGCUCCUUGUUCAGAAUGUUAAAUGCGGCAGAGGCAGCCAGAAUGAAACCAAUUCCGUGAACAAUACUUUAUCGAGCUCUAUCGAGUCGCGCCAACCUCAGCGCCAUUAUCACAGCACACCUCCUAUUUCUACAACAUAUCCAAAAAAUAUGUCCUCAAUAUCCUCUAUGGCUACCGAAAACGCCAAUACAGCACACAUCAAUCGUCUAUCUACUUUGGCCGAAGAACCCACCAUUUAUAGAGAAGAAAGGAACGAUUCUGGGGUGACCAUGAGUGUCGGUAGCAAUGCUCAUGAGCAAAAGGAUACUCAGUACCGGCCAGCCACAGCCAGCGCCUUGAACCCAACCAGCCCAGUGAACUGGGAGCACUUUUCGCUUUCUAGAUCCAAAAACGCAAACAACAUCGACCCCUGGAACAAGUCCACUUCAUCUACAGAGGUUUCAGCAAUCACCGCACUUGGUCAUAGAUUAGGAGCUGAGCAGGCCACUGGACCAUCGCACGCGAACCCGGACGAGCCUCUCACAAACUUCAGGGACUCCCUCGAGCAGCAGUUUGCGAUAGAUACUUCCAUUCCGUUCAACUUUAACAGCGAUGACUGCUCACCGCAUGAUGAGACUUGGUUCACACAUCACAGCAUCUCCUCUUUUACCAACCCAUACGAAGCCCAAAACCGCGCCAGGCAGUCUCGUCUUUCGCUUUUCACCCUGUUCGGCGAACCAACCGAAGACACUCACUCGGCUGUGCCCAACAAACGUCAAAAUCUGUCCUUUGCUAAACGGUUUUCAGCGCACUUUUCCUGGAAAAGGUAUUCAAGAGGCUAG